CAUCCAUUAUUUGUCCAAAUCUGUCUUGAAACCAAAAAUUUACCACUAAGACUCUUUUACCCGGUUUAACAGAGGUGUUCGAAUACAUCUCACAGGCACACAGCCUUAUCCAAUCAAUCAUCUAUCCAUGGCUACAACUUUGUAGCCUUCUUCACUUUCUCACUUCUACACAAAAAUCCAGUGAAAACCCUUUGAUUCAUUCCUCCUCUUCCCAACAAUGGCGACAUCGGCACUUUCAUUAGCUUCCACUUCAUUCUCAUCACCCAAACUUCUCUCCACUUCUCCUUCUUCAUCAUCUCUUGUUUCAUUCACUCCUCAAGUUUUCUUUCCAAACAAAUCUUGUAAUUUCAACAGACUUGAGAUUCUGAGAAGAACCCAUGAAAGCUUAUCAGUUAAGGCAUUAACCUUAGAUUUUUCAGGCUCAUUCUUUGAAGGAGGUGUCGGAGAAGAUGAUGAGUCGCCGUCAUCUGGUGGUAUUUUAGGAGCUACCGAAGAGAAAGAAGAACCUCAAUGUCCACCUGGUUUAAGACAAUAUGAAACUAUGGCUGUGCUAAGACCUGAUAUGACUGAAGAUGAGCGUCUUACUCUUACCCAGAAGUAUGAAGAGUUGAUUGUUGCUGGUGGUGGAAUGUAUGUUGAGGUAUUUAACAGAGGAGUGAUUCCGCUUGCAUACAGCAUCAAAAAGAAGAACAAGGCAGGAGAAACCAACACCUAUUUGGAUGGUAUCUAUCUACUUUUUACCUAUUUUACCAAACCAGAGUCCAUAACUGCUCUGGAGGCCCGCCUCAUUAGAGAUGAUGACGUUAUCCGAUCAUCCAGCUUCAAGAUCAGAAAGAGGAAGUACUAGAAUCUGGAUUUCCUUUUACACCUUCAUCUUUGAAAGAAAAGAAAUAUUCGCAAGCACUAGGGAAAACAAUGAAAUUACUUAGAAGAAAGCCACGAGAUCAAAUUAGACGUGAAAUAGCAAAAUGAUACUUACAUGGUGAGCGAAAACAGGUGGUGGAAAUUGGUUUGUUGUUGUUUCCAGAGGGUACAGAAUUGGUCUGACCACAGCUGGAAGGAAAAGCCCUGAUUAUCAUAAAAUGAAACCAUGUUAUGAUAUUGAUAUGUCAAACAGUCAUAUGCAGCAAUGCAGAUUAAUCAUCAAUGUCCCUGACAUUUAAGGGUUUUCGUU